GCGAAAUGGAUUUCGAGCCGGAGUAUGCUCUCCUGCGCGCAGCGACAGAGCGCGCGUGGGCGAUCGAGAAGCGGCUUGGCGUGUCCAUGCUCGACUACCACAUGGACGACAACCGGCGCAUGGAUUGGCGGACCAUCGACAUUCCGCGCGACGUCGCGUCACGCAUCGCGCACAUCGCGACCAAACUCCGGGACGAUCCGAGCAUGGAGAUGGCAGCCCCCAAACCGCUGCGUCGGAAACCUGCCGUAAAGCCCAAAGCACCGGUGGUCACGCCAGUCGCUGUACUGCCACGAGCCGCGCCCAAGCCCGAGACGCCAGCGCCUAUCGCGCCCGUCCGUGUCAUCAAACCUGCGAACGAAGCGCGUGCGACGGCCCUUCGAAAAGAGAUCCGCGACGCCCGGGCGCAGAAGGAGAACGACCGCAACAAGGCGAACGAGGCGGCCAAGAACACUCUACCAAAGCGCGUCCGCAGGCAAGAGCCACCGCCGCUGUCGGUCGCAACGGCGCCACGGAGCAUCGAGCCACUGCCAGUGUUGCAGCUCACGACACCGCCCCGCCCUUUAUUGGCCACACGCUCUCCUCCACGACCCGCCACGCCACCACUCGCUUCACCUUCUCCUCUCGCGCCCUCACAGCGCCCCGUCGUAGCGUCUGAGGCGCCCGCGCAGCCUUCCUCACCUUCCAUACCCUUUGAAGGCAAGCAAGUUCCAGACGCAUCGUCAGCUUCGGCGCCGUCUUCGCCAGUCCACGAGGACCUGCCGCCAAGGCGCGUUGCACCGACCCAAGUCCCGUCUGCGAUCGGGAAACAAGUGCUCUCGGACCACCGGACCAUGCCAUCAGCGACGUUUGGUUUCCCUGCCGACGUCGUGUAUGGCGGCGUCAGCACAGGUCCGUCCAUGACGCUGCUUCGGCGGCUCUUCAACGACCUCGACAGCGACCGCGACGGGUACCUCACCAAGCUCGAGGUCUCGGUCGCGCUGCACCGCCUCCGCAUCACGCUGCACCCGACGCGCAUCUCGCUCUUUUUCGAACAAGCGGCGCAGCUCGCACACUCGUCGCGGCGCCUCAUCGAAUUUCGGCAGUUUGCCGCGUUCGUCCUGGCCGCGCACCAACACCCGGAACGAGACGUCGCAGUGGCGCCUCCAAAGCCGCCGCCGCCACCGACGACGCCAGUGCCGGCGCCGAUUGUCGUGGCGGACACUUCAAGCGAUGCGCCGCCGAUGCACGUUGUCGAGGCGUCGGUCACCGACUACGUGGUGAAUCGCAUUGUCGAGUCGCUACAGAGCGAGAUGCCGCCAGAGGUUGCUGCGAGCCUGGACGAAAACGUGCUGCGGGAGCUCACGCGGCAGCUGCUUGCCGACCAGAGUAAGUGGCGACCCGCAGCGAGCAUCGAUGAGCUAGAGCCAAGCCAGCUCACGGAGCCACCGCCUUCAGAAGUGCACGAGCUCGAGCCGGACGACGAUAGAACCAUGCUCGACCUGGUCAAGACGCUAGUUCAAAACGAGUUGCGUCGCGAAGUGGCGACUCCGCCGAUGACGAUGCCACCGCCGCAGCCAGUGGUAGCCAAGGAAGUCACCGACAUGGCCACCGACACGACCGGCUUGGCGCCACCCGAGCCGCCAUCGCCAGUGGUCGAAGACAAGGAAGUACAAGUGGUUGCUGACGAAGGGGAGGCGGCACCGGCGCCGUCUUGGACGCUGGAGGACCUUCCAGGGAGAACCCUCCUCGGAAAGCUCCUGCACGCGUCGCCCGACCAGCGCGCGUCCAUUGCGCAGCAACGCCGCACGGACGACCCUACACCACUCAUGACGACGCUUCGGGCGCUUCGCAUGCAGCGGUUGCAGCGCACGUCCGCACCCGCUCCCCUCAAUAUCGCUCAUAUCGUGCCGGCGCCGCCCGUAAUCCCGCCGCCAAUGACAGUGGUUGACAUGCCACCGCCACCCGCGCCACCGCUGUCUCCAGUCACAGCAACUUCGUACCCGUCACAGACUCGUCACGAGCCUGAGAUGGCGCCCGCGGCCUCCAAGCUCUACGCCGUACCUUUGGAGCGCGAGGUGGUUGCGAGUCUUGCAUCGCUCUCUCGGUCGUCCGAGGUCAGCGCGAGCUUUAGCAGUGAGAGCCGCUGCGAUAGCGACCGUGGUGACGGUAUGUCUGAAGGCGAGCUCGUGGAGCCAAACACACUGAGCGACGGCGAGAUUCUGGACGACCCGCUCGUGCGAGCAACGUUUUACCACACACAAAAGCUCUCGCUGCAGCGCAAGCGGGAGCGUCGGCGCCUGUCGCCAUCGUCGUCCAUCGAAAGCGGCGAGCUCUUCCAUCAGCGAGAUAUCUUUCCCAGUCCCUGCGACAGCCCGCGCAGCGACAGCACCGGCUCACAUGCCUCCUCCUCUUCCUCGUAUUCCAAGGGCUCGUUUACGGGCUCUGUUCGUGCAACGUCGUCCACGGGCAGCUUCGAGUCGGGCCAAUAUGCGCCCUAAAGUUGACCUUCGACAUUGCGGUCUUGUGGCUGAGUAGAGGACGAAGGUGAUUGUCGUUUGGGUGCUACGCCCAUGUAUCGCACCACCAAGCGCUUUCUACGCUUUUGCAAGGAACAAGACAGUGUCUUAUUGAUUUGCC